CUCAUCUAGAUCUACCAAAAGCGCGCAAUUCGCUUGAAACAAAACGUGAGAGACGCCACGACCCAUUGUCGGUGUGACUUUCCGCCACACCAUUCGCAUCUCAGGGGGAUGAAGAAAAAGGAGGGAGAGGACAAACCGAGCUCACGAAAGGAGGGUUAAAAAGGAGUGGACGGCCACCGCUCUGCAUGCAAAGCCUGGAAACCUCGCCUUCCCAUCAGCCACCGGACCAAUUCCGAUUCUUCAUCUGUCCACUUUCUUUUUUUCCUACUUGCCAUUAGAAAAUGCCAACAGAGGCCAAAUUGCUUCCCUUUUUCUUCAUUAGAAAAAUUAUCUAGAAAAAUUAUAUUCGAUUCCAUGCACACUCAUGUCCACGUCCCCAUUUGGAAGCUCGCUUUAUCCCUUCCUUUCAUUUCCUCCUUCUCCUCCUCCUCCUCCUUCUCUCUCUUCCCUUUUCUCUCUGUUUCUCUCUUUCUUUUCCUCUUUGUAUAAGCCAUGACCAGUGUCUCUCCCUCUUUGAACACGAAGAAAAUGGUGACUCCACUCCCCCUUUCGUGCCCCUUCAACUCCCACCUCAUCCACCCCCUCCUCCUCUACCUGUAAAUCAAACUCUCCCCUCAUCUUCUUUACUCUGUCGCUUCUCUGUUUCUCCCCUUUCGAAGAAAAAAGAAGAAAAUUUGCUAGGUCUUUUUAUGGGGGCUGGGAUAUCUGGAAUUGCAAGUGACAGAGACACGGAGUGUGUUUCUCCGCGGUGGAGCACUAAGCUUGGGGAUGUACCAGAGAGCUGCAUCUCCCUGAUCCUUGCUUCCUUGGACCCUCCCGAGAUCUGCAAGUUGGCCCGGGUGAACCGAGCCUUCCACGCCGCUUCGUUGGCCGAUUUCGUGUGGGAAUCGAAGCUGCCCUCCAAUUAUAGGUUCCUUGUUCGUCGGGUUCUCGGCGAAGAUCCCGACCUUUUGUCGAAGAAAGAGGUCUACUCCAGGCUCUGUCAGGCCAGUUGCUUUGAUGAUGGCAACGAGGUAUUUUGGUUGGAUAAGAUAAGUGGGGACAUAUGCUUGUGUAUUUCUUCAAAGGCAUUGAAGAUCACUGGGAUUGAUGAUCGGAGAUACUGGAAUUAUAUCGCAACCAAUGAAUCUAGGUUCAGCACAGUGGCGUAUCUGCAACAAAUAUGGUGGGUGGAAGUGGUGGGAGAGAUAGAGUUCCAAUUCGUACCAGGACAAUACUCCCUCUUCUUCAGGCUUCAGCUCGGAAAAUCCUCCCGGAAAUUCGGAAGGAGGGUCUCCAAUCUGGAUCAAGUCCACGGCUGGAACAUCAAGCCUGUCCGGUUUCAGCUAUCGACUUCUAACGGCCACCGCGCGACAUCCGAGUGCUACUUGUAUAAUCCAGGCAAUUGGGUCGACUACCACGUUGGCGAUUUCUACAUCGACAAUCCGAGCACACCCGUCAGGAUCAAGUUCUCGAUGGUCCAGAUCGAUUGUACUCACACCAAGGGCGGUCUCUGCGUGGACUCGGUGCUGAUAUGCCCAACUGGGUUCAAAAAGAGAUUGAAAUUGCCUUGAAAUUAGAUUGAUACUACAGUUUUUUUACGUAUUGUUGUAGUAGAUGAUGCCUUAUUUUUUGUCUUUUUUUUUUUUUAAUCAGGAGUAGGCCUCCUUUGGGUUUGGUGGAACUAUCUUCCUCGUGCUUUUUUAAGAGAAAGUCGUCCAAAUACCUUGUUGUAAAAAAGGUCAUUAGGGAAAAGUUUUUAGGCUUGUCUAGUCUGUUUUCACUUUUCAUUUCCAUAAUUGGGUUAUAGCUGUAUCAACUGUCCCCCGAAGUCCACAAUGGUUGAUAAAAAACGUGAUGAUAUUGAUGGACCGACAGGAGAAUGAUGAUGGGCCAAAGUGGAUGGAAAAAGCAUGGACCAAAUGGGCCCUGCAAAGCACACUUUUUCUUUC